AUGUCUACCGAUAAUUUGCCUCAACAACCCAUCAUGAACUCUUCAAAUUUAAACUCAAAUUCUUCUUCUCCAAUAUCUUCCUCCAACAAUAUCCACCACCACAAUUUAAACCAGCAGCAUUCCUUGCCUUCCUUAUCUUCUCCCCCAUUAAAUCCAGGAAGAUUACAAAUGAUUCACCCAAAUUCUUCUCCCCUCGCUCUAGAUUCUAUUGCAAAUUUAUCUUCCUCUAACAGCGCUAACAAUAACAACAUUAUUCUUAAUUCCCCAAACGCUAUAAACGCAAUCACUGCAAACUCUGCAAAUUCCAUCAAUAGCAACUUAAACAGCAGUAAUAGCAACAAUAGCAAUAAUAGUAACAAUAGUAACAAUAGUAACAAUAGUAACAAUAGCAGCAAUUCAAAUAAUAGCAACAACUCAAACAACAGCAACAUUAGUAACAUUAACACAAACACCACGACUGCUAUGAGCAGCACUCUCAGCAACCUUGGAAACAUCUCCAACAUCGCUAAUAUCUCAAACUUUGGAAUUCCAAAUAAUCUUCAUCAACAAUUUCAACAACCACAUCCUCCACAAACUUUAAGAUUAAGAAAUAUCCCUCUCGACCUAUCCCAAAGAGAAGCCUCUUUAAUUUUUGCAUUAUCAACCGACGUUUAUUCAGUCGAAUUACUUUCGGACCAAAUUAUUGCAACUUUUAGAUCAAUUGAAGGCCUAUUUAGUGCCUUUACCAAUCUUGAUUCAAAAAGACAAGUUUUAUUUGGUCAAAACCAUCCAGCGGUUAUUUUAGAAACUGAUCUUGAUUUAGCUGCAAUGUAUAAUAAUUCAAUCAAUCCAUCUAUGAUCUCAUCAAGUAAUCUAAACAACCUAAAUAACUUGAACAACCAAAACAACAUCAAUUCCAACAUCAACAGUAAUAACAACUCCACUCUCAACACCAGCGGCUCCAAUCCUGUCAAUAACACCCCCAUUAACAAUAACAACAACACAAAUAAUAACAACAACAUAAACCAGUCCAAUAAUCCCAAUCUCAUCUUCAAUUCCAUUCCCCAAAUCUCCCAUUUAAAUCUAACCUCUCCUACCUCUGGCCCUUCCUAUUUAAAUAGCCCAACUUCUGUUAAUCCCUCAAAUGCUUUCCCAACCACCCUCAACUUGCCAAAAAGAUCUGGUACCAUUGGAAGUGGCAGCCAAAGACAUCGAGGCAUAUUUAGUGACCCUUUUUCAAAUGAACAAAAUAACCAAGAUUUAACCGGUCAAAGUACUUCCAAUUCAACCUCAAAUCCAGUUCCAUCUGGUACUGCUGGUAAGUCUUUACUAUUAAUGGAAACACAAGCCGAUGCAAGAGAAUAUGAACAGCUAGUUAGAGACCCCUGGUCCCAAUCAAAUAGUUCCAAUUCCCAACAAACCCCAAUUAACGAAAACCAAUUUUCUUCUACUAGCCCACCUUAUCAAAACUCAGCUUCUAUUGUUAGCCCAGGCUCUAGUUCAAUCUCUAAUGUUUGGGAACCCCAUAAUUCUAGGAGAAAAAGCUCAGUUUUCUUUCCUUCAAGCGCUCAAACCCCAACUUCAACCACAGCUCCUCCUCUUCCAUUGAAUGCUUCUUCAAUGGUCACUGGGAAUAAUCCCAAUAACAACCCUUCAAAUUUUCUUUCAAAUAACAUUCAAUCAAAUUCAAAUUCAAAUAAUCAACUGCAAAAUUCAUUGAUCAGUAACCAAUCUUCACAGACCAUUCAACAAAAUCUCCAACAAUCUGUUAGUCAACAAUCUUUAUCAUCUCAAAAGAUUCCUGAACUAUUAGCAAGAAUUCCUUUACCAGCAAAUCCUGCAGAUCAAAAUCCUCCUUGUAAUACACUAUAUGUUGGAAAUUUACCACCUGAUGCAACUGAAAAUGAAUUACGGGGACUAUUUUCUUUGCAAAAAGGUUUUAAAAGAUUAUCAUUCAGGAAUAAAGCUCCAUCAAGCAAUUCUAAUGGUUCCCAUUCUCAUGGCCCAAUGUGUUUUGUUGAAUUUGAAGAUAUUCCCUUAGCUGCCAAGGCCCUUGGUGAUUUAUAUGGUCGUCAGUUACAAAGACCUGGAGGUGUUCCUGGCAAGGGAGGAAUUCGUCUUUCAUUUUCAAAAAAUCCGUUGGGUGUUCGAAGCUCAAAUCAACGUCGAACUAGUUCAAAUUAUGUUCCUAGUAACAGUAGUAAUAGUAACAACAGCAGCAACAACAACAAUAAUAGCAACAACAACAACAACAACAAUAGUAACAAUAGUAACAACAGUAACAACAGCAAUAAUAAUAGCAGCAGCAAUAAUAAUAGUAACACUAGUAAUAACAGUAAUCCCAAUAACUCUAUUAAUAAUUUGUCAAACGUUAAUAAGAUUAGUAAUUCAAUGAAUAAUUUGAAUGUUAGUAACAUGCAUAAUCUCAGUAAUAUCAAUUCGUUAAAUUCUAUUGGUUCAAUGAGCAAUAUUGGGAGCAUGAGUAAUAUGAACAAUAUGAACAACUUGAACAGUUUGAAUAGCAUUAAUAGUAUGAGUAACAUGAGUAAUAUGAAUAAUAUGAAUACUAUGGGUAAUAUUGGUAACCUCAGCAAUCUUAAUAAUAAUAUGUCAGGUAUCACUAACAAUAUUAACAAUUUGAAAUUAAAUAAUAUGGGAAAUAUCCCUAGUCGGGGUGCAAUGAGUAAUAUCAAUAAUAUGAAUAGUAUGAGUAACCUUCAUAGUAUGAAUAGUAUGAAUAAUAUGAACAAUAUGAAUAAUAUGAGCAAUAGAAAUCCUAUUAAUAAUAUGAAUAUGAAUAACAUGAGUAAUAUGAAUACUAUGAAUAUGAAUAAUAUGAACAAUUUAGGAAAUAUGGGAAAUAUUAAUAGCAAUUUGAAUAUGAACAAUCUUAAUUUGAACAAUAUGAGUAAUGUUAAUAAUCUAAGUUCAUUAAAUAUGAACAACCAUAUGAAUCUCAAUCAACUAAAUAAUAUGAGUGGUAAUUUGAGUGGAAAUAUGGGUGGAAAUUUAAAUGGCAAUGUUUCUUCUAAUAACGGAAACAAUGUGAACAAUGGAAACAAUGGAAAUAGUGGGAACAGUGGGAACAAUGGAAACAAUAGUGGAUUUCAGCCCUACCAAAAUAAAUAA